ACCAACCCAAAUACGUAUAGCUACACUCUUAGAAAAAGGGUUCCAAAAGGGUUCUUUGCAUAGGGUUCUACCAAGAGCCGUUUUCAUCUGAAGAAUCCUUUUUGGAAAAUGAUGGUUAUUUAAGGUAAAAGAUUCUACCUAGAACUUUUUAUAUCCUGCAAACCAUUUUUGGAAGAAAGGGUUAUUUGAUAAUUAUUUGGAAGGAAAGAAGGGUUCUUCUACACAGAACCCUUCUGAAUCUGAAUAAGCUUUUUAUUGUACCUUUAUUGGAAACCACAUACAUGAGAACCUUACAGUGACAUGCUAGCGGCUAGUCCACUGUUACAGCACAGUGUACAGUGGUAGAGAGAAACCUACAUAGAAUUCACAUAGAAACCUGCUAUUUUAUACAAUGCAUUGUGAUUGUGGACUGGUUGGCAUAGUUGGUUCCAGCUGUAAUAGGACGCUACUGUAUUUAAUCAAACUAGGAAACAAACUGUGGGUGUAUUUGGAAUGCAGUUCCUGUGUCAUUGUGAGAAGGGGGUGUGGCAAAGACACUCCUCUUAUAGGCUUGUGACUGACACAUCCCCUUCAGAGAUUUAGCACUGACUGAGUCCCAAGGACCUGGAGGAAGAAACGGUGAGAACCUGCCUGAGACACCAUUCUCAACCAUCUCCUCAUCUGUCUCCUUGACCUCUUUGGACUUAUAGCUAUGGCUACGUUUGCCUCAGCAACAGAAAACUUUGUGAAGAACGUGGAUUCUGAUGGCAACCUGAUACCUGUGUCCUCCCUGAACAACUGUGGCAAGUUGAACCCUCUCUCACUGGUUCUCAAACAGUCACCUUUCUUUAUGAAAACCAAAUACACGCCUACUAAGUUGACCCUCGAUGAUGUGUUUACCAAAAAUACACCCUUAAAUCCAGCUGUCAAGGAGUCUGAAUUUGUGGACUACAGUGCGACAUUUAGUGACAGCCGAGAUGCCAGCGUAGACGUGGAGACAAAAUUGGCGGCAGAUGCAGUUAAUGUAAACUUUAACAUGGGGGCAAAACACGCCUCCACACACAAGUCGUCCCUUGGCAAACUGAAGAAAGAAGAGGUUGACCUGAAGUGGUUACAAAACAACUCAAAACACAAGCUUCUGGACAUGUCCCACUAUCUGAUCCAGGAGGCCCGUAAUAGUAGGUCUGUGUUUGGGGUGGUGAUGGAGAGGAUUGUGACGAGUGAGCCGUGCUCGAUAAGAGUAAAGAAGCAUCAGGCUGGAAAAUGUGGUGCUGGAGGGAAGGUCACUGGAGUCCCGGUGUCUGUAAAGGCGAAAGGCAAAGUACAAGAAGUCAAAGAUGUGUUCCUGGAGAUUCCUAAAAACACUGUCAUUGCCUACAGCAUUGAUGAGAUCAUGGUCCAACUCGAUGGACACUUUGAGGUGCGCUCCUUUGGAAAGGGUGGGUUUGAAAGAGCCUGGAACCUUGUAGGUUCAUGCAAUAUGUCCUCGGUGGUGUCGCUCCCAAAGGAAUGCCUCCUUCGUCAAGAACUGGCAAAACUGAGGGGUCAUUUCCAGGUGCUGUCAUCCCUGCCAACAGCUAAACGCUCCUCUCUGCUCCAGCUCCUCAAGACAACCAUGGAGGACAGAGAGGCAGUCAGUGUACUGGAGAGUGUGCUGGAUCAGAUGUUGGUUGAUGAGACACCUGACAUGGAUGAUCUUAUGGAGGAGACUGAGAAGCAGACAGUCCAGACCAUAUUGGACCUUUUACAUGAGUCUGAUGGAACAAAUGAGGGCCAGACAUACGACGAGCCACCCUCACUGCUCUGUUCCGUCAACCUCAUUGUCAGCGCCAUGAAUGAAAUGCCAGAUGGGUGUCUCUCUGUGUUGGGAUCCUGUUGCAGUCCUCCAGUCUUACAGGCCCUGCAGAUCCUGGUGCAGCAUGUGGCAGCAGGGAGUGGGGAGACCCUCUCUCUGAGAGAUGCAGGUCUGGCUGUUCUGACUGAGGAGGAGCUGUAUCAGAGGACAGAGCGUCUCUUUGGUCUCUCUGAAGUUACACUGAAGAGAGAGGAGGACACACUGAGGACAGAGAUGAAGGACCAGCCUGGAUACCUUCCUCUAGUCAUGAGUAUCACUGUGAAAGGCCUGGCCUCUUUAGUGUAAGGAGGGAGAGAGAGGGAGAGAGACCAUGAAACUUGUCAAUCCUGUUUGACCCAUUCAGUAUUUUACUCCUGCGCUAGGUGAGCUGAAGAACUAGUGAACAACAGUGAAUGUAUCCUUGUAAUGUUUUCAGUAAAGUUCAACAAACGAUA